AUGACGAAGCUUCUUCAAUUGGGACACGAGUCAUCUUGCCUUCUUCCUUCACUGGUGGUAGACGUUAUAUGUUUAACCGAUGUCAGGAUGCGAUGGCAAUCUGUAAACAUUUUGACUAUUGAGCGAGAGCGAAUUCCCAUCGCUGAUCGUCCUGAUAUCUCUUGCCGUGUCUUUCAUGCUAAGUUGAAAUGCCUACUAAGCGAUCUCAAGGAAGGUGUGUUUUUUGGUCCACUUAGUGCUGGUAUGUAUACUAUUGAGUUCCAAAAAAGAGAUCUACCACAUGCACACAUGUUACUAUGGCUUAAUGGGGAAAGCAACUUACAAAGUGUUGAAAUUGUUGAUGAAUUCAUCUGUGCCGAGCUACCCAAUUCCCUCAAAUUUCCAGCUCUUUAUAAUGUCGUCACCAAGUACAUGAUCCAUGGUCUAUGCGGUCGACUUAGACCGAGUUCUCCUUGCAUGAAAGAUGGUAAGUGCUCAAAAUUUUAUCUGAAAAGAUUCGUUGACCAAACGAGCUUUGAUGAGGAUGGCUAUCCGAUAUAUAGACGUCGUAAUAUGGGUGUGACAGUGAAGAUCAAUGAUGUUGAUAUUGACAACAGAUUUGUUGUGCCCUAUAAUUCACUGUUGUCAAUGAAAUAUCAAGCUCACAUAAAUCUUGAGUUCUGUAACAAGUCAAAUGUCAUCAAGUAUCUUUUUAAGUAUAUCAAUAAGGGCCCGGAUCGGGUGACUGUAACUAUUGGAGAAACAUAUCAUGUUGGUGAAUCUUCUCAGGUGGUUGAUGAGAUCAAACAGUAUUAUAAUUGUCGUUAUUUAUCACCGUCUGAAUCCAUGUGGAGAAUUUUUGCUUAUGAUAUUCAUCAUAGAUGGCCAUCAGUACAGAGGUUGACUUUUCACUUGCCGAACCAGCAAAAUGUUGUACUCGAUGAUGCUGAUAUCUCUACUCAUGUUUAUUUGCGCAACAAAGAUUUGCUGACGAUGUUUACGGGUUGGAUGAUGGCCAACAGGCGAUUCUCGGAUGGGCGGUCUUUAACAUAUGUUGAAUAUCUAGGAAAAUUUAUCUAUUGUUCGAACAGUAGGGAGUGGAAGCCGAGGCAGAGGGGAUUCUCAAUUGGAAGAUUGAGUUUUGCUCAUCCCUCAUCUGGUGAACUUUUCUAUAUGCGGAUGCUUUUGAAUGUGCAGAGAGGUUGUACCAGUUUUCGAAGUAUAAGAACCGUGAAUGGUGUUACUUAUGAUAUAUUUCAAGAGGCAUGUUCCGCCAUGGGAUUCUUGAUAGAUGAUAAGGAGUAUGUUUCUGCUAUUAAGGAAGUCGCCGAGGUAGCAUCUGCUGCACAGCUAAGGAGGCUUUUUGUGAUGUUGUUGCUAUCUGGUUCCAUGGGAAGACCUCUGUCAAUUUGGGAACAAACUUGGGCUUAUCUAUCAGAUGAUAUUCUUUAUCGCAGAAGGCAUGAGCUGCAAUAUCCCGAUCUAACGAUGAGUCCGGACGAGUUGCAAAUGUUUUGUUUGUUGGAGAUUGAGAAACUAUUACAGAGUAAUGGAAAAUCAUUGAGAAAUUAUGCUUGCAUGCCAGUUCCUAAUGACUCUUUAGUCUCUCAAUUUAGCAACUUGAUGUUGUUGCGUGAGUUGCAGUAUGAUACUGUUUCUUUGACUCAUGAGCACGAUGCAAAUGUCUUAAAGUUAAAUGAAGAACAGAGGGUGGUCUACGAUAAAAUUAUUGAUUGCGUUUCGAAUAAGAGGCACGGAUUUUUGUUUGUGUACGGGUUUGAUGGCACUGGAAAAACUUUUUUGUACAGAGUUUUGUCGGCUAGAUUGCGAUCCGAGAAAAAGAUUGUUAUAAACAUUGCUUCUAGUGGUAUUGCUUCUCUGUUGUUACCUGUUGGUAAGAUGGCACAUUCUAUGUUCAAUAUUCCUGUUGAGCUGACUGAAGAUACUGUUUGUCGGAUUAAGAAAGAUAGUGCAAAAGCCGAGGUAGUCCGAUUGGCUGACUUGAUUAUUUGGGAUGAGGCACCGAUGACUAACAAAUUAGCAUUUGAAGCGGUCGAUAGGACGUUACAUGAUAUAAUGGUUUCGGUCUCUGAUAGGAAUAAAGAUUUACCUUUUGGUGGGAAUGUGGUCAUUCUCGGUGGUGAUUUCAGGCAGGUCUUGCCAGUUAUUCUGAAAGGUUCUCGUGCUGAGAUUAUCAUGGCUUCGAUAAAUUCUUCUAUCCUCUGA